AGCACCAGUCUCCCGGAGCCUGGGUGUGUGCAAGUCACUUCAGCUCAUACAGAGAGAGAGAGAAAGAGAAAGAGAGAAAGAGAGAGAGACUGAGGCAGAGACAGAGGCUGAGAGGGAGGUGAAAGACACACCAGGAACCAGUCUUUCUCUCAUUAUCUCUGUGAAAACUUAGUCUCUUCCUCCAGCACACGGACAGAAAUGGGAAACAAUGAGAGUUAGCUUGUGAAGAGGACGCUCUAACGGAGGGGAACUGCGCUGAAACUAACAGGUUGAUCCCUCACUUCGUACCGUCUGACUCCAGAGAAGGAGCAGCAGCAAAGUGGAGAUGCAGACCUUCCUAAAAGGCCGAAGAGUCGGCUACUGGCUCAGCGAGAAGAAGAUGAAGAAGCUCAAUUUCCAGGCCUUCGCCGAUUUGUGCAGGAAACGAGGAAUAGAAGUCGUGCAGCUGGACCUUAGCCAGCCCCUGGAGGACCAGGGUCCACUGGACGUCAUCAUUCACAAGUUGACGGACCUCAUCCUUGAAGCAGACCAGAAUGAUUCCCAGGCCAUGCUGCUGGUGCAAAGAGUACAGGAGUACAUUGAUGCCCACCCUGAGACCAUCGUUCUGGACCCUCUUCCAGCCAUCCGAACUCUGCUGGACCGCUGCAAGUCCUAUCAGCUCAUCCACAGGAUAGAGAACUGUAUGCAAGAUAAGAGGAUUUGCUCUCCUCCAUUCAUGGUCCUGAACACUGAGUGCAGCCCAGAGGUGCUGGAGCAGAUCAGGAGAAAAGGACUCACAUUCCCCUUCAUUUGCAAAACACGGGUGGCUCAUGGUACCAACUCCCACGAGAUGUCCAUCAUUUUUAGUGAAGAGGACCUGAAGGGUGUGAAGCCUCCGUGCGUCAUCCAGAGCUUCAUCAACCACAAUGCAGUGCUGUACAAGGUGUUUGUGGUGGGGGACUCCUACACCGUGGUGGAGAGGCCUUCCCUGAGGAACUUCCCUGCUGGACCAGCAGACAGGAAAGCCAUUUUCUUCAACAGCCACAACGUUUCCAAACCAGAGUCGUCCUCUGACCUGAACUCUAGAGAGAACUUGGAGGGAGUGUCCCAACCUCCCAGUGAUGAUGUCAUCAGGGAGCUGUCCAGGUCCUUGCGGGAGGCACUGGGCGUGUCCUUGUUUGGCAUCGACGUUAUCAUCAACAACCAGACUGGACAACACGCCGUCAUUGACAUCAAUGCAUUCCCUGGUUACGAGGGCGUUCCAGAGUUCUUCAAUGACCUCUUGAACCACAUUAGCAGUGUGCUCCAGAGCCAAAACCCUGACUUCACCCCCGCCGGUGAUCAGCCUAAAGUUCUGCCAGUGAACGCCACCGUACCCAACACCGUCAUCCCUGCACCCCCCGGCUGCUGCAGCAUGCUGGGUAAAGAUGCCAGCGGCAGCCCCUGGAUCGUGGAGGGCGACGCCGGCCUGAAGGGCCCACGUCAGAGACUGGGCUGCAACUCGGCCAUGUCCCCCAACUUCCAGCAGCACUGUGUGUCCACGAUAGCCACCAAGGCGUCCUCACAGCGACUGCCCCCUCCCCCCCCCCCCCCCCCCCCCCCCCCCCCCCCCUCAGUAGCACUCGACUUUGUUUUGAUUGGGGUGCUGAACGCCGAUUUGAUAGAUGACGCUAAAAACGUCACUUCCGAUUAA